AUGGCUUCAACCUCUGAAACUUUCGACGACGGUUCUAACGGCGGGGAUCCAAACAAGAAUCCCGAAGAACUCCACAAGAACCCGCAAGAAGAAGAAGAGAAUCAAAACGAGAAACCGAUUAAAGAAGAAGAAGAAGAAGUAGAGAAUCUUCUUCCCGUUGUUACUCGACACAUCCCAGAAGAUAUCGCCGAAAGCAUCCUCUUACUCGUCCCGAGAUGUCAUUACCCGAAGCUAUCUCUCUUCUCCAGAGCCUUUCGUCGCGUCAUCUCUUCGCCGAGACUCUACCAAAGGCGCUUGGAACUCGGCCUCACCGAACCUGUUCUUUACGCUUUGAUCAAGUUCCCUCUUGUUAGUUUCAACCCGAGCUGGUUCAUUCUCAACCGUAACGCUCCAAGAAAGAAGUCUUUACGAUUAAGCGAAAUCAGUUCAGUUCCUCCCAUGAGUGUCAUGAAGCCUAAAUCUGUUGUGGUUACAAUCGGAUACGAGAUUUAUGUGAUCGGUGGAUGCGAUGAACCAGAUCAGCCCACAUCGAACGUGUUUGUCAUCGAUUGCAGAUUUCACAAGUGUCGCUCGCUCCCGGGAAUGCAGAGGGCUCGCAGAUCCGCAGCCGCUGGAGUUAUCGACAGAAAGAUUUACGUGAUCGGAGGGUGCGAACAGAUAGAUGAUAAUUGGAUCGAGAUGUUCGAUGUAGAGACUGGGACUUGGACUAGUGUUGCUGGUCCAUACGAGCACAACUCUAGUAUGGAAGGAGGAGCGUUUAUGACAUAUUUGGUGAUGCAAGAAAAGAUUUACAUGUUGGAUCCUCAGUGUUGUUUGGCUUAUGAACCAAGACAAGGUACAUGGCAGUCAUGGGGACUCGAAAGUCAAUUGAAGAGAUAUUGGCACCCGUCGUCUUGUGUGGUUGAGGAUUUGUUGUGUAGUAUUGAUCCUUAUUCUGUUUCCAGAGAUCUAGAACUAAUGGUAUAUGAUCCGAAUGAGUUGUUUUGGAGACCUGUGAGCGAUGUAUCUGGUUUGCCUAGGCUCAAUUAUUAUUACUGUCAAAUGGCCAACGUUUGUGGGAAGUUGGUGAUUUUGGGCAAUACUUACAACCGCUUUGGAUUUAAAGAUGUUUGGUGCAUAGAGAUCGUCUUAAAAAGACUUGAAGGAGGGGAGAUUCAGGGAACGGUAUCAAGAUCGCAUGUGCUUAGAUCCAUGAACGCGACUUCCAUUGAUCUUUCUCGCUCUGUUACGUUUUGA